AAGAAAAAGAAGAAGAUCUCAGUCCACAGUGUUUUAUAGAGAAACAGGAUCUGAUCUGCUGCAGAAUGGAAUGACCUCCCAAGUUUUCGGCUUCUUCUAGUGUCUUCAUGCCACGAAGAGAUAUUGCAAAAUGUUCCACUCAGAAGACAUACAGUCUGAGAGUGGAAUUUCCCAAAUCUCCACUAUUAAGAAAGACGCUUUUGAUUGUUUUUCUUCUCCACAAGAACAAACCUCAAAUAAUACAGGAUAUGGAAAAUCUCACCACUGCAAAAACUGCUUAAAGAGUUUUAUAAAAGAGAGUGCUCUUAAAACCCACAAGUGCAUUCACACUGGAGAGAAAAUGUAUAACUGCUCAGAGUGUGGCAAGAGUUUUAGAGAUGGUGGAAACCUGAAAAGACACCAGCGCAUUCACACCGGAGAGAAACCGUAUCAGUGCCCAGACUGUGGAAAGAGUUUUAAUCAACAGAGUGACCUCAAAAGGCACCAGCGCAUUCACACUGGUGAAAAACCGUAUCACUGCUCAGAGUGUGGGAUGAGUUUUAGAAACAGUGCUAACCUCAAAAUGCAUCAGCACGUUCACACCGGAAAUAAACCUGUUUACUGUCCAGAGUGUGGACAUAAGUUCAGUUGUAGUAUUAGUCUGAAAAGACACCAGCGCAUUCACACUGGUGAAAAAAUGCAUCACUGCUCAGACUGCGGAAAGAGUUUCAAUCGAAAAACUCACCUCCGAAUUCACCAGCGCCUUCACACUGGAGAGAAACCGUAUCACUGCUCCGAAUGUGGGAUGAGUUUUAACCAACAGACUCGUCUCCGAAUUCACCAGCGCCUUCACACUGGUGAAAAACCGUAUCACUGCUUGGAGUGUGGGAUGAGUUUUAGAGAAAAUGCUAACCUUCAGAUACACCAGCGCCUUCAUACGGGCGAGAAACCGUAUCACUGCUCAGACUGUGGAAAGAGUUUUAUUCGCCAGGCUCAUCUCCGAAUACACCGCCGCAUUCACACUGGAGAGAAACCGUAUCGUUGUUCGGAUUGUGGUAUGAGUUUUAAUCAACAGACCCGCCUUCGUAUUCACCAGCGUCUUCACACUGGAGAAAAAACGUAUCACUGCUCAGAGUGUGGGAUGAGUUUCAGAGAGAGCGCUAACCUCCAAACACAUCUUCGCAUUCACACCGGAGAGAAACCGUAUCACUGCUCAGAGUGCGGAAAGAGUUUUAGAGAGAGUAGCACUCUCAAAUCACAUCAGAGGAUUCACACUGGAGAGAAACCGUAUUAUUGCAUGGAGUGCGGGAUGAGUUUUAGAGAGAGUGGUACCCUUAGAAAACACCAGCGCAUUCACACUGGAGAGAAACUGUAUCACUGCUCAGAGUGCGGGAUGAGUUUUAGAGCAAGCGGUAACCUCAGAAGACACCAGCGCAUUCACAAACAAGUUCAAUCUGCGAAAGAUUUGGUUCAUGAGGAAGAACAAGCAGAGCUGAGUUUAGAUUGACUCUGUUGUCUGAUUUAAAUUGCUCACAGUACACAGUCUUUGUGAAGUUUGUGAAGUAUAGGCAGACUCCCAAGUAUGGAGUGAAUUUUGUUCCAAAAGUUUUACGCAAAAAAAAUUAAAUUCACAAUCGAAAUUUUAAGAAUCAAAAGGGAAAAAGUGUGUGUUGCAAAUUCAUUAUUCUUUGCAGUUGGUGGAUUUUGCAUUUUCUGUGAAUAUUUGUGGAUUUUGCAGCUAAAGUAAACUUUUGCUUUUGGAAUUUCUGGUUUGCUUCUGAGAUUUGGCACAGUUUUCACAGGUGGGCGGGGCUUAGAAGAAGGCGUUCCCCUUGAAUCUCCAUUUGUCACCUAUUUUGAACACUCGAUAGGGCGUGGUAGGUCUCAGGUGAGGGUUCAGGGUACCCGUCACUCCAAAAUCAGGUGACCAAUGGAGAUUUUUCUGAGCCCCGCCCACCUGUGAAAAAUGAUUCCAGAAGCAAAGACUGGCAAAAUACAAACAGAAAUACUUUGUAAAUAGCUGCAAAGAAUAAUAAAGAAACCAAGUUUAUUUAAUAUUAUGUAUUUACUAUAUAUUUUUCCUCUUUUGCAACAUACUGUUGGCACAAAAUUCACUCAAUACCCAAUGCCCAUUGCACUAGUCUAAAGUCUGACUCUGAUCUCGAUACACCACCAGCAUUCAGGGGUGAAAUGGGAUUGGGCCAAACACUCUCACCUUAUCUUUUUUGACUGAUUCCUCUUUGGUUUUGCAUUUUUACUACUGGUUAAAUGAGGCAGUACCUGCAGCCCAUCCUUCACGUCCUUCUGUGCUGUCACAAGAACAUUUCAGUCUUAGGAUAUAUAGGGACAAAAAAGGUCAUUAACCCAUUUCUUUGUAUAAAGAAAUAUUUCACAGCAUGUACUUUUAUUUCUUACUUAUAUUUCUACUUAAAUGUUUUAGAAAUUGUGAUAUUAAACCAGAAAUGUAAACAUUCUAGAGGAUGCCUUUACCUGACUUCUUAACAGCGUGCUGAAGUAAAAAUAUUGAUGGAAAGGUAUUGCCUGAAAAAACAAUGCAUGAUUUUUUCAGUUGUUUUCUUAGUAUACCAUAUUUAUACUUUUUUUUAUUAGUAAAUUAAAAUGUAUAUUAAUGUGUAUUAUAAAUGUAAUUACUUGUGUAUUAUAUAAUAUAUAAUGGUUAAUUUAGAUAACACUAACUAAAUAUAUAAACAAAAAAAAUAAAGUACAAAAAAACUUUCAAGUUUUAAUUUCGUUAUUGUUGAACAAAGUUUGAAGUAAUGUGUUUAUACAAGCAAGUUUUUAGAUUCUUAUGGUGGAAACAAAAUAGUGACCGCUACACUAAACUAGCAUUUGCCGCUAAAUACUGCAUUUGGUACCUGUCGCAUUAACAGCACCAAACCGCAUUUUUCCAUGGCUGGUUA